GCCCGCCGCCUCCCUUCGUCCCUUCACCGCCACCGCCCUUCGUCCCUUCGUCACCGCCCUGGCCAAUGAGCCUCCCUCGAUCUGUUUCCUAAGAUGUCUCGAGACCGCCCCACAGAUGAGCCGCCUCCGCUAAGGAACAAGAGGAGCCGCCGCCUCCAGGUCGUCGUUGUGCCACACCGCCGCCUCCAGGUCGCCACCGUCACGCACUGCCUCAGGCCAAAAACAGGUGAACGAAUCGGGAUUCAGCCGUGCGAGAUUUUUUGCGAUGAUGUUGCUCCAUGUUCUUUUUGUGAUUCAGGUGUUCGUUUUGCACAUGUUCAUAGUGGGCAACCUCGAGGGCAUCCUCACUUCGAGCGUGGCGAGAUCCUCGAGGUCGUCAUCAUCACAGACAAGGGCACUGGCAGAUCCAAUGGCGGCGGAUUCGAGGCGGAGGCGGCCAUUAGGGCGUGCUUGAGUCCGUACCCGAUGAUUAGCGGCCGGAGGGCAACUGCAACCUCACAUGCCUCAGGUCCAGAGGUCCAAGGCACCACAACCAACUGCCUCUUCAGCCAUAUGCUAGGUGUCCGUGUUGAACGUAGCAGAUGGUUGCCCUUCAAGCAUCAACAAAUUGGAAAUUUCAAGCCCUGAUGAGAUUACAAGCAGGGCAGAAAGGGAAUCAACACCAUCACGCCAAAACAUUCAAGGUGAAUAAGUGAACCACUAUUUAAGUAAAUAGACGAAUCAUAUUUUGUUAGAACUAACCAGUUGCUGCUAAUAUAAUCCUCUCCAGGAAGAUCAGUUUCAGACAAUAUAAUCUGCUAUUUACUUUCUAAUUUCUAUGUAUUUAAGCAUGUUCAAACUCAGUACAAUUGUACAAAUGGAUAUAUUUUGAUUUGGUGACUUGCUAGAGGCGAUUUUUCGGACAGAACCUGGACCUUAUGAUAUCUACCUAUAUAUAUGUUUUUGGCCGCAUGUCUAUUUAUUCUCUUAAGGCCACAGUAGGACCGAUCGACACUAGAUAUAUCUAAUAACUGUAUCAUGGUUUUCGCAAAAAUAAAUAAAAAAAAUU